AUGACAAACGAUACAGAUUGUACAACAUUACAAUCAUAUAGUUAUAUGUCUGAACAAAUAACAAAAUAUAUCGGUGUAUUUCUAUAUAUUAUCUGUUUAUUUGGUACUGUUUUGAAUAUAUUAACACUUUUACAACGAACAUAUAAAACUCGUUCCUGUACACUUUAUCUUAUUACUGCUUCAGCAUGUGAUUUUGCUCAUUUAAAUCUUGAACCAUUAUCAAAUAUUCUUCAAUAUGGUUUUAAUUAUGAUUGGACAAUUAAUAGUUUAAUUUAUUGUAAAACAAAAAGUUAUUUAGCAUAUGUUUUUACAGUAACUUCAGGAACGUUAACAACUUCAGCAAGUAUAACACAAUAUUUUUUAAGUUCAGACAAAAGUACUCGAUGGUAUUAUGCUCGUCGACUUAUUGGAAUUCGUUGUAUAAAAUUUACAUUUAUCUUUUGGUUUAUUGUAUCAAUUCCUAUUCUGUUUUGUUCAGAUCGUUUCUAUCAUAUUUUUCAAAAAGAACGUUUGAUUUGUUCAAAUCCUGCUCGACAUAUAUAUUGUUAUACAGUUCAACUUUUAUAUAUAUGUUUAUUUAAUGGAUUUUUACCUCCAUUUAUUAUGUUGAUAUUUGGACUUUUAACUCAUCGAAAUGUUCAUCAUCUUGGUCAACGAACAAGACAUAAAUCAAUUCGAAUUCAACGAAUUAAUCAACAAUUAAUAUCAAUGUUAAUUCUUCAAGCAAUUAAAUCAACUAUUGCUUCAAUACCAUAUUCAAUUUUUAAUUGUUAUUGGUUAAGUACAAUUAGUAAUCAUAAAGCAUUAUUAUUACAAGCAAAAGAAAAUUUAAUUCAUCAAUUUUCUUAUUUACUGUUUUGGAGUAAUUAUACAAGUUUUUUUAUUUAUAUAUAUUCAUCACAAAUUUUUCGACAUCAAUGUAUGAAAGCAUUGAAAAAAAUAAUAUGUUGUCGUUCUGGAGAAAGAGAACGACGAUGA